CUGGGGACGAACUUGGAACUAGGAAAUAAUCAAGAUCGAUUAAAUCGUGAAAUCGAGAAUUCCUUAGUUCUAGACAAACUCCGAUACCCUGCUGUCGCUCAUCACGAUUUAACUCAGGCAUGUUUGGAAGGCACGAGGACUGGCUUGAUCGAGGACAUUAUGAACUGGUGUCGUAACACGGGGAAUAGCGAGAAGCGUGUCCUACUGGUGACAGCCGUGGCCGGCGCCGGCAAGACAUCUCUUGCUCACUCGAUCGCUGAGGAGUGCAGCAAAGGAGGGAUGUUGCUGCUCAGUUUCUUCUUCAAAGCCGGAGAGCAAUCACGCCCAGAUCAUUUGUUCAGCGGAAUGGCCCGAUCCCUUGCAACGCAUGACUCAACGUAUCGUUCCUAUCUCAUAUCCACUAUCCAGAAAGACCCGACUCUCGCAACUGCCUCCUUCCCGAUGCAAUUCGAGAAAUUAGUGGCGGAGCCUUUCCGUCUGAAGGCACCGUCUUCCGGCAGCCCUGGGAUGGUCAUUAUUGAUGCCUUGGAUGAAUGCGAUGAAGAAGCAUUCAAGUACCUUGCCAAAAUACUUUGGGAACAGGUUCCCAAGUUACCCUCAAACAUCAAAUUCCUUGUCACCUCAAGGCAAUUUGGCCUUCUUGGUCCCUGUCUCUCGAACUAUUCCGUCAUUGAUCGGCUCAGCAUUAAUCUCUCGGACGAUGCCAACGUUCGGGACUGCGAUAUCUACAUCCGUAAGCAGCUACGUGAGAUGAAGAAUAUGCAUCCCCAUUUGAAAGACGAACUCAAUGACGAGGAUAAAUUGGUUCGAGACAUAUUGGUCCGAGCAGGCGGGUUGUUUAUUUGGAUCAGUACUGUGUUCCGCUAUAUGCAGAACACCCGUCGUCCUCCUAUGAGGAUGCUGGAGGAGCUUCUCGAUACUGGUGCGAAUCGAUCGAAGGCUCCCGCUGAGGGUGAGAUGGAUAGGCUGUAUACAAGAGUUUUGAAGAAGUGCGACUGGGGGAACGACGAUUUUAUGAACGACUAUCCGAUUGUGAUGGGAGCGAUCCUAAUUGCGCAACAGCCACUGUCUGUAGCGGCUUGGGAUGCCAUCCUGUCACCACACCUGAAGUCUCCUGUCCGCUAUACGUUAGAAGAGCUCUCUCCGCUCGUUUCGGGAGUUGGGGAUUCUCACGUACCGAUUCGUGUGUUACAUCAAUCCUUUCGCGAUUUUCUCACAGAGCGAGUCGGUCCACAAUCAACAACAAUUCAUCGAUUUGCAGUGGAUGUGAGGAGGGAGAACGCCAAAGUGGCUCUACGCUGUGUCGAAAUCCUGAACAAGGAUCUUCCUUCUGUGGAAGGUUUGGGGUUGAUCGAUGAUUUGUCGAAAGAGGCCGAGCUGCCACCUAUUACGAAAGGGACGCUACCGGAACAGCUAUACUAUGCAUGCCGGUACACCGUGCACCACCUUCAUCAAGCUCAGGAGCUACUGGAGGUGCUCAGUGGGUCGGUCCAUGCAUUCCUCGAUCAGCAAUUAGUGCGCUGGGUGGAAGUCUGUGUGAGGACGGGAGGGUAUAUUAGUAUAUCAUUAUUCCCUGAGUGGGCCAAGUUGAGUGUAGAUCAAACUUCAAAAGAAGUCAUUCAAAUGCUGGUCAAAGUAUUUGGGAAUGUGCAUAGUAAUCUUGCAUUCUUUUCGAGAUUGCAGGAGGCGUAUGAGUUGGCAAAUGACGCUGUUGAGCUCUGUCGUUGCCUUGUGUCCGCGGACCCUGAUUCCUACACUGCUGAUUUGGCUCGGUCACUUGGAUAUCUAGGUGCAUCACUUGCCAACCUUGGACGGCAUUCCGAGUCACUCUCUGUGAAUAAAGAAAGUGUUGAACUCUUCCGCAAGGUAGUUGCCAUCGAUCCGACUUCAUACACCCCUGAUUUGGCUCGAGCGCUCCUGAGUCUUAAAAUAUCACUCUCCAAUCUCGGAUGGCAUUCUGAGGCGCUCCCAGUGAUCGAAGAAAGCAUCACACUCUGGCGUGGGCUAGUUGCUGUCCAUCCGACCCCAUACACCCCUGACUUGGCUCGAGCACUUAAUAGUCUUGAAAUAUCACUCAACUAUCUUGGACGGCAUUCCGUAGCGCUCCCGGUGAUCAAAGAAAGUGUCAAACUCUGGCGCGAGCUAGUUGCCGUCCAUCCAGUCUUAUACACCCCUGAUUUGGCUCGAGCGCUCUACGAUCUUAACUGGUCAUUGCUCGAGCUCAGACAGUACUCCCAGGCGCUUCCGGUGAUUGAGGAAAGCGUCAAACUCUGGCGUGCGCUAGUUGCCGUCCAUCCGACCUCAUACACCCCUGAUUUGGCUCGAGCACUUCACGAUCUUAACUGGUCAUUGCUUGAGCUUGGACGGUACUCCGAGGCGCUCUCGGUGAUUGGGGAAAGCAUCAAAUUGUGGCGCAAGCUCAUUGCUGUCCAUCCGACCUCAUACACCCCUGAUUUGGCUCGAGCGCUCCGGAACCUUGAAGCAUCACUCACCAACCUUGGACGGUAUUCGGAGGCACUCCUAGUGAUUGAAGAAAGCAUCAAACUCUGGCGUGAGCUGGUUGCUGUCCAUCCAACCUCAUACACCCCUGAUUUGGCUCGAGCGCUCUUGAAUCUUAGAAUAUCAUUCUCCAAUCUUGGACGGCACUCUGAGGCGCUCCCAGUAAUCGAAGAAAGCAUCAUACUCUGGCGUGAGCUGGUUGCCGUCCAUCCAACCUCAUACACCCCUGAUUUGGCUCGAGCGCUCCAGAGUCUUGAAGCAUCCCUCAACUGUCUCGGGCGGCAUUCUGAAGCGCUCCCGGUGAUUGAAGAAAGUGUCAAACUCUGGCGUGAGCUAGUUGUUGUCCAUCCGACCUCAUACACCCCGGAUUUGGCUCGAGCGCUUCACAGUCUUAACUGGUCAUUGCUUGAGCUUGGACAGUACUCCGAAGCGCUCCUGGUGAUUGAAGAAAGUGUCAAACUCUGGCCUCUUCACAAUCUCAACUGGUCAUUGCUCGAGCUCGGACGGUACUCCGAGGCGCUCCCGGUAAUUGAAGACAGCGUGAAACUCUGGCGCGAGUUGGUUACCGUCCGCCCGACCUCAUAUAGCUCUAAUUUGGCCCGCGCGCUGCGGAACCUUAACUCAUCACUCGACAAUCUCGGACGGUAUUCCGAGUCACUCCCAGUGAUCGAAGAAAGUGUCAAACUCUGGCGUGAACUCGUUACCGUCCAUCCGACCUCAUACACCCCUGAUUUGGCUCGAGCGCUCGGGAAUCUUGACAUCUCACUCACCAACCUUGGAAAGCAUUCCGAGGCGCUCCCGGUGCACAAAGAAGGUGUUAAACUCUGGCAUGAGCUGGUCGCCAUCUACCCAACCUCAUACACCUUGGAUUUUGCUCGAGCUCUCUGGAGAUUUGAACAAUCGCUCAACAAACUUGGUCACAAUUCUGAGGCCCUCCUUGUCAAUGAGGAAAGGCACAAACUCUUCCAUUAGCAGUUGCCAUUCAUCCGGUACAUCUACGCUACAUUUACCACAGUAGCUCUUC